GCGGCCAGGAGCAGCCAGGCAGUCGCCCUCUUCUUUUUCUUGGGCGAAGGCAGCAGCAGCGGGGGAUCUGGCCCGUGGAAAGGGGCAAGGGGUGUAGAGGAGGCGGCCCUAGAUGGGCGGGGACCGGCUCUGGGACCUCACCCCGCUGACCCCGCUUGAGCAAGGCGAUCUCGGAGGCGCCGCGCGCAAUUUUACGCGCCCAGUCACAUGGCCCGCGGAAGGCAGCAGGAAGUGGAUUGUGGUUCCUGGGUUGCGCGUCAGGGCCGCCGCUUUGCGCCCGGGCGCUUGGAGAGGCGAGCAGAGCGGAGGUGGCUGCGAAAUCCGUGAGUUUCCUUGCCUUUGUAAGUAGCCCGCUGUAUCCCAGGCUAAGCAAACGAGGGCGAUCGCCCUUCUCCUCUCUGUUACCAGCUAUUGCUAGAUACUUCACCUUCUUUUUGUAGUUGUCCCUUGCCCUCCUUUAACCCUCUGCGAGCAUUUCCGCAGCAAAAAAAGUGUGGUGCUCAGCCGCAUCUCAGAAAAGCUGGCGUGUGUUUCUCAAAACGGCGCGAUCAUAAACUUGUUUACUUUCUUUCCUCUUUUCUUUUUGUAAGCCUGGAUUUAGUCGGAGGGAUCUGCUCCCAAACUCAGUGUGCAUGGGAAUGCCGCCUAACUAGUGUUGAUUUUUCUUCUCCGCGCGCCCCCCCCCCCCCAAUAAAAACUUCCCGGCGUCUUUCUGCUCACUAACUCGGCCUGAAGAAGUUUGAAGGGCUACUUUCAGUGCGUCUGUCGCUCAUGCAUUUCCUUAGAAGGGCGGAAGUGCCUAGGGAGGAAGAAAACACACGCAUGCAAACAGAGGGAUAGGGAGGCGUUUAGGUGGCUGUUUCUGUCCAGAGCCAGCUGCACCUGGAACAAGAAAGGACUGGGUGGAUUCUGGGUUGGCCCCUUAAGUAAGAGAAAAGGAAUUGGGUGUUUUAAUGUGUGUGUGCCCUUCACAGGAACAGAAGGGCAAGGGACAGGGAAAGCUUCCUGUUGGUUGUUUUCGAGGCUGUUUUGUGCAAAAGCCCUGUGAGAAAAUCACGUUCAUCUCUUGUGAGCUCAGAUGACAUCAAGUGUGCCUCCCAUCCCCCUUUCUCCUUCACCUUAUCGCUCACAACUGGAACUAGAAUCCGGAGUGGAAGACUGUAAAAGUGGACAGGUCCACUGACAAGAUGAAAGACAAACACUUAGAAUGGAAGAAUUCUGAAUUCGUCCUGAGUAUCUUUCAUUUGAAGUUGGCUCCCCUGAUGUCAUGGUAAUGAUUGACAAGUGGGGGGGGUCUGCUGACUGCAUUGUAGUCCCCAACUCUGUCCGGUUGGGACCUGGAAGGCCAGGUUUCCAAUCAUGACUCGCCCACAAAGCUCUCUAGGUGAUCUUGGGCCAGUUGCUAUCUUUCAACCUAACCCUACCUCACAGGGGUGUUGUGAGGAUGAAAUGGGGAGGAAGAGAAGCGUGUACACCAUCGUGAGUUCCUUGGAGGAAAGAUGUGACAUAAAUGGAGUAAAUAACCUAAAAUAUUAAAUACAGUGGUACCUCGGGUUACAUACGCUUCAGGUUAUAUACGCUUCAGGUUACAGACUCUGCUAACCCAGAUAUAUUACCUCGGGUUAAGAACUUUGCUUCAGGAUGAGAACAGAAAUCGUGCUCCGGUGGCGCGGCAGCAGCAGGAGGCCCCAUUAGCUAAAGUGGUGCUUCAGGUUAAGAACAGUUUCAGGUUAAGAACGGACCUCCAGAACUAAUUAAGUUCUUAACCCGAGGUACCACUGUACAUAGUUUAAGGUGUGAAAGAAGGAAACUUUUUUUUUUUUUUUUUUUGCUACUAUUGUGAACAACUUGAGGUCAUCAGUCCUUGCUUAUCACCCAGAGAUUAUUUAGUAGAUAAGUUCCACCUUCUGCCUACCCCUGAUUUAGUUUGGGGGCUAACUGGUCACUAUAAUUAAGAUCAGAUUAGAAGUGCUUUUCUUCCCUUAUAUUGAGUGGGUUGGCCUGCUUCAAUCAUUGCUUUCUCUUUUUUGCCCUAUGUCCACUUUUUGAUGUAUCCCACUGACCUGGAUUGCUGAUGGCUACACGGCCUUGCUUUGGGAAGGGGGUGAGGUUGACUGUAGUGAGAUGUAGUAGGCCUCAUUUUCCACAGUGAGGUACAAAAACAGCAGCAUGGGUCUCUUUAACAUUUCCAUUCUUCGCACAAGCUCUGGUGUCCGGAGUCUCCCUAAGGAUGCAGCCUGUGCAGAGUAGUUUGGGGUUAAGUCCUAUUGAAAUCAGUGGGGCUGCAUGCCUUACUCUAUAUUGGAGGGGGGUUUUGUUUGUUUUUUCACUAGCUGAGGACAGGAAAAACAUGCUAUGGAAACAUUUACAGUGAUGUUGAUGGAAAGUUGUAAAUAGAAGAUCAAGCUUGAACUUCUGUGUUCAGCUGACAGGUUUGCAAUCCUAAAUGCACAUUCCAGGGAGCAAGACAGUGGGAUUGACUUAGAGGAGACAGGCACAGGUUUGCUCUCUCGGGCUGCAACCCUGUGCACAUUUACGGAGCAGUCCUAACAUGGGACUGAGGAGGAGUGAUGUAGCAGGAUCCAUCGUUGCUGGCCAGGGCAGAAGGUGGUUGUGGUGGUGGGUGAGACAGUUCUUCCACUUCUCUAAACUUUCUCCAGGUUGGCAUAGCUAAGUGGCCUGAGGAUUGUGCCUCUCAGGGGGUGGGAUGGGGGGUAUUAAAGUUGUUCUAUGGCGUCCCACUUGGUGCCAUUGGCGGAGAGACCUGUUGACAGUGGCUUUCCUCCUGACAGGGGCCUCCAGCCAGAGUGGAGAGAGAAACAGGCCCAUUGUCCCAGUGGUACUCCUCUGUUCUGGAAGAGACCGGCAUCCUCAUCCAAACCCCAUUCCUGACUCCAUGUAAGGCAGCUUCCUAUGGAGAAUCUGAACCUGUGGCACUUCUUUCUUGCAGGACCAAAAGCUUAAUUCCAGGGGAACUAUGAAAAAACUUCACUGAGAGAAGAUGACAUGGUUCAAGAUCACUUUUGCUAUUCCUGCCAGAGCGUUUGCAAAUGGUCUGUAUCAAUUUGAUGCUUUAAGAAAUGCAGACUUGUCUGCCUAAAGCUUUGUUUGUAUAUCCUUGUGUUGCAAGAAAUCUAAUUUCUUGCAACACAGUCCAUCUCAGAAACAUCUCUAACCCUAACAGAGUUUUAGAAAAUGUUUUUAAAAGAACGUUAAGGAUUGUCCUGAGGUUGACUAUCCCACUGAAUGCUGUCCUUGGAAUAAGUAAACAAAAAAAUAUUGUUUUUCAAUCCAGACAUUAGAUGCAUGCAUUUGGGCCACCCACUGGUUUCUCUGUUUUUCCUUGUAAGUGAGGUUGGAAAAGCAGGUUCUAAACUUCACUGUAGCCAAUCAUGACACUUGGUUUUACAGUAUUUAAAAAAAAUUCUGCAAGACAUAACUUGCAACAGUUUGCUAAACAGUGCGUAGGCAUCUUCAGUGUAAUUGCAGAAAAGGUGAAAAAGUAAGCUUCAAAGUAUAUUAUGUAAGUAUGCAAACAACACAGCACACUUAUCAAGAUACUUGAGAUUUUGAAAUUAUGCUUUUUACAUGUAUAGAGCUGACCCAAACUGUUCACUUCCAGAAAGAAAGAAAGAACCUCGGGUUAAGAACUUAAUUCGUUCCGGAGGUCCGUUCUCAACCUGAAACUGUUCUUAACCUGAGGUAUCACUUUAGCUAAUGGGGCCUCCCGCUGCUGCUGCCACGCCACCGGAUCACGAUUUCUGUUCUCAUCCUGAAGCAAAGUUCUUAACCCGAGGUAAUAUUUCUGGGUUAGCAAAGUCUGUAACCUGAAGUGUAUGUAACCUGAGGUACCACUGUAAAGGAAAGCUCCAGUUGGGCGUUCUAAUGUGUCGACUAAAUGCACGAGGUGGGUGGGGAGUGUAGGAAUGAGAACUCUAGCUCCGCCCACUCCUGUCUUUGUUUUCAUCACCUUCCUCCCUAGGGUCCCUGUGCACUUAAGAACUGUGGAAAAUCAUGGUUCCAAAACAUGAAGAAAAUAUAGUUAGAGUAUAUGAAGAUGAGUUAGCCGGGUUGUCCUCACAGCGCCCCUCGCCCAUGUGCUUCGUCAAAACUUUAUUAGAACACCUGAGAUAGGGCUAAACUUCUAAGCCCACCUGCAGUUUUUAAAACCAUAUCCUCCGUUGCUGCUCCUGGAUUGAGGAUUCUUUCCCCUCCCCCACUCCCAAAUGAUUUCCUAAAAUUUAACUUUCUAAUAAUACCGAAAGAAUGCUAGGAAUGAGCAAGGCUGGUCCUACCUGAUACGGUGAUGUUCUCACCACCAAGGGGGCCCUGUUUGUAUUUUUGAACUCCAGACAUCAAAACGUCUUGGGACAUCGCCACUGUUUUGUGUGCAGAAGCUUUCAGGGAGAAACAAUAUGUAGUGACUUGAGUGAUGAGUAAAGAACGGUGUUUUCUCUUCUGAAAUUUUUAAAUCUUUCGUUGGAAGAGCGUGCUUUCAGGGCAUGCAUUAACGUCAAAACUCUUGGUGUUCAGUGAUGGUACAGUGAUUACAGUGGUACCUCGGGUUACAGACGCUUCAGGUUACAGACUCUGCUAACCCAGAAAUAGUACCUCGAGUUAAGAACUUUGCUUCAGGAUGAGAACAGAAAUCGUGCUCCGGCAAUGGGAGGCCCCAUUAGCUAAAGUGGUGCUUCAGGUUAAGAACAGUUUCAGGUUAAGAACGGACCUCCAGAAUGAAUUAAGUUCUUAACCCGAGGUACCACUGUAAUUCUGUCUCAAGCCUAGGCGGUUUUGUAACCUUCCUUACCUGAGUAACCUGUAUGCCAUGCCUUGGUCUGCAUUUGUGUUAGGAGAGGAUGAGCUCUCACCCCUGGGUUAAAGGCAACAAACAUGGACACAGUAGCCUAAGCAUUCGGAUUCUGCCUUACUUGAAUGCUCAGAGUUUGCAGGGAAAAAGCACCAUGACAACAAUGGCCACAUAUGUGAAACAAAUAGCUGCCCUCAAACAUUGCCUGGUCAGGUUCCUGCAUUGCAGGGGGUUGAACUAGAUGACCCUUGGGGUGCCUUCUAUCUCUACAGUUCUAUGAUUCUAAGCUGCGAAAUCUGACCAGAGUGUGGAAACUGGCUGCUAGAGCAUCAGGAGAGAACGGUAGCAAGAUAAAAUGAAGCAUGCCUUCCUCAAUCCAGGGGUAGUGGUGCUGUAAGAUUAACAUGGUCUGCCCUGGGUGUGGUACCCAGAGUAGUGUGGUACAAUUGGGGUGAAGUAAUUCAGCAGGUCUCCGUGCAAAUUGCUAGUUGACUUUUGACAAGUCACUGGGGAUGUGUUUGGACAAUCGCACCAGCAACUGGAUCCUAGGAUCAUGCCAAGGCUGCAUAUUUGGCAUUGAUAGGAAGAAGAGCUUCUGACCAUCAUCUCCCUUCAUGCUAAAUCCACAAACACAUGGCAGAGGAGGGAGGGGUUAACAUUCUUGCCAACAUCGGGUUCUAUCUCAUUCCCCCUCUUGAUUUACUAAUGUGGCUGAGUUGCCCCGAGUUCCUUGGUAGGAAAGGUAGGAUGCUAUAAUAAUGUUUGCUAACCACAGCCUUUGCCCCCAUCCCAGACUGUGGAAUGGCCUCACCAGGAAGUCUUGCCUGGCACAGACUUUGUUUCUGUCUGGUGCCAGGCAAAUGUGUUUUUAUUCUGCCAGGCAUUUGGACAGUAAAAAUGGCCUGACUUUGGGGUGUUUUACUUUUGUUGUUCAGAUGUACGUGUGGGCAUGUGGUUUAUUUUAUCAUGUCGGGUAGGCAGUUACAGUAUACCUGUCUCAUUAUAAUGGAUUUUUUUUUGCUGUACAGUGGUACCUCAGGUAACAUACACUUCAGGUUACAUACGCUUCAGGUUACAGACUCCGCUAACCCAGAAAUAGUACCUCAGGUUAAGAACUUUGCUUCAGGAUGAGAACAGAAAUCGUGCUCUGGUGGCGCGGCGGCAGCUGGAGGCCCCAUUAGCUAAAGUGGUGCUUCAGGUUAAGAACAGUUUCAGGUUAAAAAUGGACCUCCGGAACGAAUUAAGUACUUAACCCGAGGUACCACUGUAGAUGUUUUGUUUAAUAUAUGUAUAGCUUCACACAAGAGGAGACCCAACAUAAUUUACAGAGAUAAUAUCCAAUCCAACCUAACCCCCAUCUUCACCUUCUAGGGCAGGCAGCUUUAGAGUUGAGGAAAUAUCACUCUGCCUGUGUGGGUGUUUGUUUGUUUGGCUGGUUCCUUGCAUUUAACUGGCACGUGCUCCUCAGGAAGAGCGAAACUGACUUGUCCUCUGUCUCCCUUCAGCAACAGAAGCUCACUUCGCCAAGAACAGCUUAAGGGAGGUUUUAUCCCUGGCCAAUUUCCUAAGCUAGGCUUUUAGUUAUGAGAUACACAUAUCAACUCCAGCCAGGCAAGGAAGUCUGCAAGAUUUACAGGUCCACAAGAUUUGAGUAGCCAUUUGCCAUCUUGUACAUAAGAAAAAUUACUUUGGUUUAAAUGGCAGGGGGUGUUUCUGGGUUUGGUUAUUUUUUUUGUAAAAUAAUUCAUUGCCUGGAGGCAGGUCUUAUAUGGCCCAGGAACCCUGAUUGCAAGCCAUUUCUAAACCUUUUAAAAUACUAAUAGGUUAAUUGCACGUGAAAUAAUCUGCUUGCUACGCAGAGCAUUUACAGGGCAAUCCUAUAGAUGCCUACUCAAAAAUAAGUCACACGGAGUUCAGCGGAAUAUACUCCCAGUUAAUAGUGUAGCCUUGACAUCAUUCUGAACUUGUCUUUCUUUGGCUCCAUCUGCACAGUACAUUUUAAGCAGUGUCAUACUGCUUUUAACAGUCAUGGCUUCCCCCAAAGAAUCCUGGGAAUGGUAGUUUGUUAGGUUUUCAGAGUUCCCUAGGGAGAUUGUUAAACCCCUCUGGGUAUUGUAGCUCUGUGAAAGGAAUAGGGGUCUCCUAACAACUCUCAGUUGCCUGGACAAAAUUCAUUUCCCAGGAUUCUUUGGGGGAAAGCCAUGACUGUUUAAAGUGGUAUAGCACUGCUUUAAAUGUACAGUGGUACCUUGGGUUAAGUACUUAAUUCGUUCCGGAGGUCCGUUCUUAACCUGAAACUGUUCUUAACCUGAAGCACCACUUUAGCUAAUGGGGCCUCCUGCUGCCGCCGCACCUCUGGAACACGAUUUCUGUUCUCAUCUUGAAGCAAAGUUCUUCACCUGAAGCACUAUUUGUGGGUUAGCGGAGUCUGUAACCUGAACCGCAUGUAACCUGAAGCGUAUGUAACCUGAGGUACCAGUGUAUAGUGCAGCUGGGGAUUUAUUUAUUUAUUUUAAGAAAAGAAAAGGUGUUAAAAGAUGGCAAGAUGGCGGAGCAGACAUCCAGAUCCAAGCAUGUCUCCCACUAACAGCUUGCCCACCUAGCACUGGAAUCAUUGCAGCUUAUCAGGACCAGGCUGGGUAGGGGCAUUGGUGAGGUUGGGGUGGGUAGGUGCCCCAGACUGACUUUGCAAGUGUGCCCACACAGCCCCUGACCUCACUGCCAACUCUGCCCCUCCACAGAGAUGCCAGUGUUGGAAAGGCAACUCUGCCCUCUCACACCAGCCACUACUGAGGCCUACUCAGAAAUAAGUCUCACUGAACUCAGUAGGGCUUACUUCCAGGUAAACGUGCCUGGAAUCGCAGCCUAAAUCUCUUCGACUAGCAGAAAUCCUUAUUUUUAGUAACCCGUUUUUAAUUGGGGAAAAAAAUGCAGUCUCAGCAGAAGGGAAUGUGUCUGCCUCCGAAGGAUCCGAGCUUCUGUAGCUUGUAGAAAUUGGUAAAGGUUCCUUAAAUAAUCAUAAUGGUUUGCCUUAGAUGAUAAAUAGAAAAGUGGGGGGGGGGGGGGAGCAGAAGCCUGCUAGUGCCAAAGUUGACUCUGUUUAAAUUAGAAAUUUGUCACAUUUAAUUAAUUAUGUUCUGGAAGCUGUUCUUGUUUGUUUGGUAUUAGAUCUGAGGAAAGAUAAUUGGAUUUGGUUUCGCAGCUAGCAAUAGUCUGUGGCUACGGCAAACUGCAAAGUUUUGGUCAAUAACUGGUGCAACCUAGUAGUAGCUUUUACCGAUGACUGUUGUGUUGGCGUCUCUCUAUAUUUGUGGAGAAAGUAUUGUGGACACUGGAGGACUUAAUGCUGUGUUUUGGGUGUACAUUGGGUCACAGCUGAGUGUUGGGUUGAAGUAGUUUGAGGGAAAGUCCUCCUUGCCCUGGGCCAAACUGCUGUGUAGGCAACCAAUGCUUCCCUUUCCUUUUUCAGUAACGCAGCCAGGUCUGCUGCAUUUGUAACUUCUUCAGUGAUGAGACACUGCUGGAAGGAAGCAUGGAUAAGAAUAUUGCGGAGCAGCUCAAUAAGGCGUAUGAAGCCUUCAGACAGGCGUGCAUGGAUAGAGACUCUGCUGUGAAAGAGCUAAAGCAAAAGGUACGUGGCUGUUUUAUGUCCAGCGCUACAGGCUAAGAUUACGUUUCUGAUGGCUCCCAAAGAAAAGUCGACUCCCGAUUUCACACACAAAGAGGAAUGGUCAACACAGUUGGAUAAUGCCAGGGAAAUUCUGUUAAUUAUCUGGGGUGAUCUGUUCCUUGCAGGUGUGAAAUUGUGCCAUGCGGCUUGUUUACUCUUGUCCAUAACAUUGAGGUUUUUGCAGCUGUCUGGGGUGCAGGUUGUUACUAGCUUUUAACUGUGGAGAGGGCUUGAAAUGCAUAUUAUAGAUACUGCUUCUCUGGUUGCCCUCCCCAAAGCAGGCAGUGCCUGUCCGGAAGCAAAGCAAAGCAGGGUCCCUCCUUUUUGCAAGAGGAAGUGCGAAAAGAAGCAGUCAUUUGGAACUUCCCCACUUUCGUGUUAAAUAUAGCUGGUGCGUUAUUUCAAAAAAGAAAAAUUGCUUGGAUGCCAUGCACCCUGUGAACUAACCCCAUUUGUUUCCAUGGGGGACAGUUAAGCAUGGGCUUAAUUUCUCCAGUAAUAAGAUUUACUCUGGCUGGAUUGUUCUGUUGGGUAGUUAACCAGCCGGCAACCCCAAAUUCCAAGCAGCUUGAAAAAUUCUUACUUAAAACAAAAACCAGACCAGCUCUUCCUAACUAUCAGAAACAGCGUUUUCUGAUAAAAUUCAGAAUUUAAAAGGCUUUUAAAAAGCACCAGCAUUUAUUGUUAAAAAGAGCCAGAUUUAUUUUUUCCCCAGACUGUCUUCAUGUAAGGCACUUUGGGCUGGGAAGCCAUUUGUGGCUUCCGGAUGCUUGGAACUGACUGCACUGUCUGAAUAAUUAAGGCGACAAGAGGAGGAAUGUGCUGGCGAGCCUUUUGUAACAACCCCAGCAAGCAUUUUCAAGACGCACGGCACUAAUGCUCUGCGUCCCUUCCAGGAAUCCUCAGAGAUGAAUCGGCCCGGCACUUAGAUUGAAAAACCUAAGGACUUGAAACGGCUGAGAGCUACGGCAGUGGACUGUGUGACUGCUUGCUGCACCAGAAGCAGAGAGUGUCAUGGCUGAGGAGAUGGCAACUCUUGCCGCUUCUGGGAUUGGCUGAGCUCCGAUUGGCUGAGCCUGCUAAGGCAGGGAUGCGGGGGCACAUUCCCUUCUGGGCAACCUUCCCCUCACUGAGAGCCAGUGUGGUGUAGUGGUUAAGAGUAGUAGAUUCGUAAUCCAGGGAACUGGGUUCUUGUCUCCACUCCUCCACAUGCAGCUGCUGGGUGACCUUGGGCUAGUCACACUUCUCUGAAGUCUCUCAGCCUCACUCACCUCACAGAGUGUUUGUUGUGGGGGAGGAAGGGAAAGGAGAAUGUUAGCCGCUUUGAGACUCCCUAGGGUAGUGAUAAAGCGGGAUAUCAAAUCCAAACUCUUCUUCCUCUUCUUCUUCAAUGUGUGCCAGUGGUGGGUGGGGCCAGAGGCUAAAGUGGGCGGAGCAGCAAAUGCAACAAUUUACCUUUGUCCAAUAGGCUAUCUUCUAUGUAUGGCCCUCUCCAUCCUCUCCCGGCAAUCAAGAGGCAUCAUCCCAAGACACAUUCCAGCCAGACAAAGGCACUUGAAACAGGGCCAGAGAGGGCUGUGGCCCCGGGGAGAGUUCUGAGAGCCAAAUUGAGAGGCUGCAUUUAGUCUCUGGACCUGAGGUUCCCCACCCUUGUACUAAGGGGAAUCAGAUCUGCACUCUGUCCUCUACACAUAUUUGUUCCCUUAAAACAAGGUUGGGGACCUGUGGCCCUCCAGAUGUUGCUGAACUCCAAUUCUCAUCUCCCUAACCAUUGGCCAUGCUGACUGGAACUGGUGGGAGUCGAGACCAUUUGGAGUGUGGCCACAGACUUCCCCUUGAAAUGUGGCUGUCGUCAUUUUGCUUUGCAACUUUGAAAGUUAACCUUUAUAGCACAUUUAACAGCUUUCAUUUACACCCUCCUUCCCAUCACUAGGCUGGUGAAUGGCCUAAGGACGGGCAGGAGGAUAGUGUAAUUCACUCUUAGGUGCUGUCUCUCUCUCCCUAUUGGACCCCUAAAACAACCUUCAAGGUAGUGACUGGCCCAAGGUCACCCAGCAUGGACUUGAACCCAGGUCUCCUUUGCCUUGAAGGCUAAGUGCUUGCAGUAGUUAAAGCACAUUUGCGAUCUUCAUCACUUGAUGGCUUAAAUGGAGAAGAGUGCUGACACUUUCCUCCCAAUUGCAAGCUUCCCUGUUGGGUUUUGUACAAACUCUGCUUACUCACAGUGUUGGAGUCUUGGAGGUGAGGCCCUGCCAGGAUAGUUCACACUCCCCCCUAAAUUUUCAGUUUUCAUUUUUCAAAAAAUGGGAUAGGGCCACCUCUGUGGUUGCAUUCCUUUUUAUUUAAAAAAAAAAACACCUUAAAAUUGAUCUCUUCUCCUCAUGGAGAUAAAAGGGAUAAAAGUUUGCCUCAGUAUCCCACUUUUUUCACCUAUACAAGUGAAUAACCUUAAAUUUAUUUGGCCACCUUUUUUUUAAUGCUCUGGUUAUUCUAUAAUGAUUCACAGCUCCACCAUAAAAAAUCCUGUCAAAUCCUACUCAACACAGUCUUACCAGGUUUAUUCUCAAGGCAGGGAGCCUGCUUCUUUGGCAAUUGGCCUCCGGAAUUGGGUACAGAACCAUAAACACUAUGGAACAAACCAUAGAAAACUUGGAAUUCAGAUGACCCAUGCAAGUUGACUUUGCUCUGAUUCUUAUUCUCUCCCCCAACACACACACACACACACACACACACACACACACCUUUACUCCAUGUUCUCGAUUCUGUGUUGGCAUACCCUCCAGCUUGUGGCCAAUAGCUGAUUCCGCAAGUAGCCGAUUGGCUGCUUGUUUUGCUACUCUUUGACGAUUGGAACUGUGUCAUGCAUAGAAGCCGGAGUCAUCUCAGCCAGAUGGCGCUUGGUGUAGAGGGAUGUUUGGUUGUCAAGUAUAUCUUCUAGUCGGUAACUUGUUGCUGCCAUCUGACUCUAAAAGAAUUAUUUGUGCACGCUGGCUGUCAAAAGCAUCUUCUCUUCUGUCUGUUUUAGCUGUCAUGCCUGUGCUCUGUACAGAAGUGUUGACAAGACAUUGCUGUUGUACAUUUUCAAUUUGGGUCUUGGUGACUUUUUCUUCUUCUUCUGUUUCCUGAGGUCUCCUUGGCUGCUGGAAAAUGCUGACCUCUUUGGCUUUUUAAUGGGUUGGUGAAGCAACAGCUGUUUGGUGCUUUAUUUUGAAUCAGGCUGUAGGGAGACUCUUGGGUGUAUUGGGGGUUUGAAAGGGUAUUUUUCUCCCCCUCUGAAGAAUGAAAGUGGCUAAAUAAAUCAUGGGGUUUCCAUUAUCCAGCUUUUGGAGAAGGGCUGGGGCUGGGGCAUUUAAUUCAAAGUAGAGCUGGGAGAUAACUCAGUCAGGAAUCCUGGAGAGCCACUACCAAUCAGUGUAGUUAAAUACUGAGCUAUAUGGACCAAUGGUCUAUUUCAGUGUAAGACAAACUUCCUAUGUCCCAAGCAAAUAUUUUUGAUCAUGCAAGAGGGCAGACUUUUUACCUGGCAAUAACUUGGCAUCACAGUACACCCCUGUGAUGGCACAGGGCUUAACUUCUAAACGAGAGCCGGAUAAUUGUGAAGACAGGCCUGCAUUCAGCCCACGAGCCUCUCUGGGUGAACCUGGGCCAGUCUAUAUCUGUUGGCCUACGUCGCUGGGUUGUGGUGAGGAGAAUAUGUUGGUGGAAUGAAAUCCUUGAUCCUGUCCUUGAAGAAAGGGCGGGAUGAAAAUGCAGUAAAUAAAUAAAGAGGCAGAGGGAGGGAAAUAGGAAUUUCUACAGAGGGAGAGCCAGAGCAAUGACACAGGUGAUAACUUUUUUUAUAGGCAUAGCUGCUGUGACAAAGCCAGGUGUUGUACUUCCCUGUGUUAGCCUGUUGUCGUCACAAAAUGACUACUUCGAAUUAAAUUAUCUUUACAGACAGACAGCUAUGAAAAGCAGAUAUGUGAACAACAAAACCAAAUUGUAUUUCUUACAAGCACUGUCACAAAACUCAACUCACAGUUGGCUUCUUUGAGCUGCAACAAAGGUAGGUAAUUUUCAAAUCUAUAUCUAUCUAUCUAUCAUCUAUCUAUCUACACCACCACAAUCCACUGGGUUUCCCCAACACAAACUGCUUUUUUUAUUAUGUAUCUGGACUAAGGGGCCAGUGAAUGGUUGCUGAUUGUGAUUACUCAGUAGUGAAGGGCUGAGGAGAACAAUGUCUAGGUCACUUCAUACCUUCAAGCACCUGCUUCUGCAACCAUGCCUUGGGGUGUCCUGGCAAAGUCCUGCUUCUGGAGAAGGAAUCUAUAAGGGAGAGGAGUGGGCAGUUGUAUGAAAAGAGAAAAUGGGAGUAUAAAAAGCUAAAUAAUAAAGAGGGAGAGAAAAAAGAAAGAAAAAGCAUUCCAUAGGAAAAAAGGAAUGGGGGAUGAAGGGUUUGAAUAGUUUUAAGAGGAGCAGGUUGAAAAUAAAUACUUAUAUCACAUGGCAUUCUUCAGUUCCUAGAAGGCAUCAUUUUAAGAAGAUUGCAGUGCUAUACUGUGUUAAGCAUGCUCAAGUCUCAAAACUGCUGCCUUGUCUAUCUAAGGAGGAAACUGCACUGUACUUCAAAUGUUAGUGUGCACUUAUUUUCCUAUAUGGAGAUUAUCUGCAUGUACCGAAAACAAUCCCAACCUGAUUUUGUGGAAGUUGCAUUAUUUGAUUCCCUGUUGUAUGCCAUGUGUGAAACGCCAUGUAUGAUAUACCAUUAUGUUUGGGUUUUUUUCAUAUGUGCAUGACCACCUACCAGAAGACAGCGAAACCAGAAGAAAUGGUACGUUACUGAACUUGAAUGCUGAUCAGCUGUAUGAAAAGCUGCAGUUGGCAAUGCAAAGAGAGAAGCUUUUAAAGGUAGGAUGCUUUUCACAAGAUAAUUCUAAAAUAAAAAUAAUAAUGGCAUGAUAAGCAUCACAUUUGAACUAGACAAACUGUGAUGAAUCAUAAUUAUGGUUUGUUAGAAAUAAGCCAACUUCAAACCAUGAGCUUGCUUCGACAGAUCGCACAGCUUAGGGUACGGAUGGCACACAAACUAUGGUUAAUUAAAAAGGAAGUGAAAACUUCCAACCUCCUUGCAGUCAUGUCAGGAUGGGGGACUUAUUGCAACAUCCACAUUUGUGCCUGUUAUUGUUCCUUUAUCAUUGAUUAAGCCUGGUAAAUUUCUGCACUUACGGUGAAGUUGCCCAAGUUAUGCCAACGUGGAAGAGUUGAUGAUCUGGUUCUGUGACUCUUUCCAGUGUUCUUUUUACGUAUCUGAAUGGCAUUGAAGUCUCCAGCUUGUUCAGCAGAUGAGAAAUCUUGUUGCUACAGAUAAUGCAGAAUUGGCAAUGGAGGGAACUGGAACGAGGUUUACUUCUGCAGAAAAGGCUUCCAGUUCUCUUUGCCUUCUCUGGGCACUUGAAAAUUUCUUUGGAAUUUGAGGUGGUGCACGGUUUUCAGCUGAGCUUGUCAUUUUGAGCUGGCCAAGGGGUGGUGUGCGUGCAUUGUUCUUUCCCACAAACAUUUCUCCAGUGUGCUGCAGCCUCCCUGGCUGCCCGCACUUCCACGUUUGAAAAAGUCCCAUGGGAACAUUUCUUGGGCUUUAAUUGACACUUGGGAAGCUGGGGAGACUUCAGAAUGCAGGCCGUUAGUGAGAUGAUGUAGAAUGAAAGAGAAGAUGCUCACAAACGCCCCUCUGUCACCCCAAAGAUAAGGUAAGCACCCCACCCACGAGAUUUUUCACCAACGUUUUUAUCUCCUUUGAUAAUUUUCAAAUGCAACUUUUCUUCUCAUUGAUUGAUAAAGAGUGAAAAAUCAGGAGAGACGCUUGGCACAGCACUCAUACAGAUAUGGAUAGCGUGUCGUUUUAUAAGUGUAUUUUUCUUACCCUUGUUUUGCUGAAGACACUCGUCAUUUGACUCACUCUGCUAUGAAGUCUAGUUAUCAGUUUGCCCUCCUAAAAACCUUUGAAUAGCCAGCAAUAUGAGUUGAGAACAGAGUAGUUACGUGGGUAACAGCGGGGAGCAACAUAGUUCUUUAAUAGUUGCCUACAUAGUUGCACUAUUUCAAAUGGCAAGCUGUCAACUGGUUUUGGACGUGCAUAGAAUGCUCUGUGAAAAUGCAAAGUCUAUUCAUGAACGCAUAUACAGUGGUACCUUGGUUUACGAACUAAAUCCGUUCCUGAAGUCCGUUCUUAAACCAAAUCCGUUCUUAAACCAAGGUGCGCUUUCCCUAAUGAGGCCUCCUGCCACUGGUGCCCUUCCACCGUUCAGCUUCCGUUCGUAGACCAAGGUAAAGUUCGCAAACUGGAACACUACUUCCGGUUUUGCAGAGUUUGUAAACAGAAUUGUUCGUAAACAGGACUGUUCGUAAACCGAGGUACCAGUGAUAUUUACAGUUCCUCACACUCUCUCUCUGUGGCAGUGUGUCCUAUAGCCAGCAUUCUGUCUUUUUUCAUUCUCACUGGGUACUCAUUUCUUGCUUUUUAGUGCUACCUGCUAAAUUUUUAUUGACUUGACUUACUAUAGCUAGUUCAUUUUUUCCCCCUUUUCUCCCUACACACACAAUUCUCUUAUGACACCAGAUCAGGAAGUGAAGUUCUUCUUUCCAAUGUGUUGUUUUUUUAAAAUUAAGACCUGUUGUGCUAAGAUUGGGUUGCAAGGCAUAAUGUUUGAACACUCCAGUGCCAAAAUCUUCCUUUCACUUCUGAUUCUGUUUUUGUUUGCUUAUCUUUGGACUGUUCUUCAGUCUUUUACACAGUUACAAAUCAGCGAUACUAUAAAUAUGUUGGAAGGGUCACGUGUUCACCCCCUGGUCACACACAUGGUGUGACAUCUGUACAGGCUUAAAUAUGGAUAUCUGUGCACCCAGUUUAGAAAAGGUAGAAAGGAUGGAAGACAAGGAUGGAAGAUAUGUGCAUCCACCUUACUUUGUAUGCACAUGGGCCCACACAAUCCAAUAUUCGGAAAAUGGUGCUUAGUUGCUAGAUCCAUGUCUGAAUCCAGUCUUGGUGUCCAUUUUCAAUUUCACAAAAGCUUUCAAAGACUAAUAGUAAGAGACAAGGAUUAAGUUCUACCUUUGAUAGCAGACUUUGCAUUUUCUCUUUCUUUUUUUGGUUUUGGUUUUAUUUAGAUUUUUGGGGUUUUUAUAUGUAUAAUGAAAACAAUUCAAUGAAGUUUAAUGGGGGUGAGAAAGGCUAACAUGGUCACAGCUUUCUUGCUAAAUAUGAUUGAUAAAACUGGAGUUACAAUGACUUGAAUCCAGAAGGAGUUGCUGCCCACCUCCAUCACGUGGUAGCCCAUAAAACCUGAACUGAGAUAGGAAGAGUUGCCGCAUAAGGCAUGUCUUAGAGCAGGCACAUCUACCUAUCUGGAGACUGCGAUCUACUCCCGGUAUAAUAAAACUGGCAGUGAUCUACCCAUUGUCAUUGCCCAGCUUUUUUUAGGAGAGAACAGAAUUGUUAAGCUGGGGGGGGGGGGCUGGUGAUCGCUAAGGAUGCCAAGAUCAACCAGGAUUGACCAGGAACAUCCUACAAUCGACCAGUAGGUCGCAAUUGACCGGUUGGACAUGCCUGCCUUAGAGCAAUCCGUUUAAGUCUGCCUGGUCAGACUACAAUUUGCCACGAUGGCCAAAGGCUCUUUGAAGAGAAGAAGAAGAGUUUGGAUUUGAUAUCCCGCUUUAUCACUACCCGAAGGAGUCUCAAAGCGGCUAACAUUCUCCUUUCCCUUCCUCCCCCACAACAAACGCUCUGUGAGGUGAGUGAGGCUCCGAGACUUCAGAGAAGUGUGACUGGCCCAAGGUCACCCAGCAGCUGCAUGUGGAGGAGCGAAGACGCGAACCCGGUUCACCAGAUUACUGCUCUUAACCACUACACCACAUUUUGGAGAUGGAAGUGUGAUCUUGUAACAUCUCAAUACAGUCAUACCUUGGUUGUUCAACAGAUGCAAACCAAGGUGCGGCUUAUGAUUGGCUGAUUUGUCCCGGAAACAAUGACAACAAGCGAAACGGAUGUUCGGCUUCCAAAAAACGUUCGUAAACUGGAACACUUACUUCCGGGUUUGCGGCGUUUGGGAGGCAAAACAUCCAAGUGCCAAGGCGUUCAACAACCAAGGUCCGACUGUGCUCACAUUAAUGGAACACGGGUGGUGCUUUGAUGCCACACUUCUAGACCUCCAGCUGAAAAUUGCUUGGGUGAUCAAACCUCUGGGAGGAAGAGGGCAGCCACAGGGGACUGUAGAGAAAAGCCCCUUUCAUCUAUUGCAUCAAACCAAGUCUGUCCCGAGUAACCUUACUGAGUUUCUUUCCGUCUGACACUGAGUCAUUGAAGGUAAUUGCCUUAGGAUUACUUCGCACAUUGCGUUUUUAAAGAGCGCACCUAAAAUAUAAAUUGUGAAUGCAGCCAACAGGUGUUUAGAAACAGCUACACUUGUCAGAGAGAUGGCACCGAGAGAGAGAGAUGAGAUUGCCGAGGCUUCCUGUUGAGAGUACGCUUUUGUUUUGUUUUGUCGCUGUUAGAAUUGGCUGAGCACCAGACCCGUUCUGACUGCCAGGGCUGUGCAUGGAGCAACAGGCCUGAGAAGCAAUGGCCUGGGGCAGUGGAGCUCUGGGUGCAUGGGCAGGGCUUAGCUACCGUAUUUUCCCGUGUAUAAGACGCCCCCGUGUAUAAGACUCCCCCUAUUUUUGGAAACUCAGAAUUAAGAAACUGAGGGGAGAUUGCCCAGAGUUGUUGAGCUUUUGGGGGGGAGGAUUGCCCAGAGUUCUUGACCCGCCUGACCAACACUUCCGAUAGCAUGCGGCACAGAAGACACCAAUCGUCUGACCGCUCUCUGUCAGCCACCGCCAAUCACCCACACAAUUGCCUCAGCAGCAGCCAUUGCCGCAGCCACCAAUCACCCGCACUAUCACCACUUACAAUCUCCUGGUCGCGGUAACAAACAAUCCCUUGUGCCCCCUCCUCUGCACUACCCAUAUAUAUGACAACCCCAAUUUUUUCACAUUAUUUUAACAUGAAAAAACCUCGUCUUAUACGCGGAAAAGUACAGUAUUUCUCUGCAAUGUCCUUUUCUCCUGGAGUGGGAUGUGGGAUGCGCCAAGCUCGGCUGGCUCCGUGGAGUCGCUUUUCCUGCCUCAGGUGCCAUCCUAACACUGGGUAGACACACUGGCGGCCUUCAUUUCUGUGAAGUGUUUGAAUUGGCCCCUUAGCCCAGUAGAAGUCGCAAAAGGAAAAGGAGAUCGUGAGGCAGAAGGUGGUGCUGUAAGAACAUUUGCUAGCCUUCUUUUUCUCUUGCUUGCAAGAACCUUUACGUUUGGUCCUGCUUUACACUUAAAGAGCAAAUCUCUCAUGAGGCUUCUGUUAUUUUUGCCAUUGGCAUGGAGUGCAGCAAUAACGAAAGGACGGUAUUUAGCAUGGUGUGACUGAGAGCCAAAACUCCUGCAAGGAAUCUUUCCCUCAGCUCUCAGUGGAGGGACUUACCCAGCAUUGUGGGAUGAACUGUAAGCGGUGUUGGCCAAAUAACACACUCUGGAUCAAGGGCCAUUAUGGUCAGAUGAACCUUUUUAUUUUAACCAAAUAUAAAUGUCUGGUGAAGGACGUUGCUUGCUUUGAUAAUAUUGUUUUAUUUUUCAGAGUUUGAGCAGUAGCAAAUUUAUUUCAGAUAUUUUAGUCGUCGUCGUAUAAACAGACAAAAUCCUAUGGGAGCACAAGGCCUCUCAAGUUUCCUUUGCAGCAUCAGCUCCCUGAUUUUGUGUCAUUUUUAAAAAUCUAGGGCGCUCUUUAUUUCCUCGUUUCUGACUAUGCCUUGCAUGUGCCUUUCUUUCCCACUUACCCUGCAAAAAAAAAAAAAUGAGUUUACACACACAUGCUGAGUGAAUUAUGGUUCUGUUUCCCUUUUGUAAAAAACAAAAAAAACAACAACUGACAAAUGUCAUACACCCUUGAGAGCUGGAAAAUUCAGCCUUUUAAAAAAAGACAAUUUUUCUGCUGCUAUAACUUCAUGGUUUUUCUCUUCCCAACUCCUUGCUGAGCGCCCCCCCCGCUUUUUGUAUAGAAUGUCAUCCUAUAUCGAAAAUUAAUGGUUUAACAUUGCAGGAGCCGACUUUUUAAAAGCCCUAAUUUCUCCCCUUUUGAAGUUUUAUAGCUUGAGUCUUGCAAAAAUCCUAAGUCAUUAAGUGCUAAAUAGCUACAUUCCAACUGUUCCAGAAAUUACAACCCUUGAAGACUAUUGUCACCUUCUUUAAAUGUACUUUAUCUUGAUUCCUGCACAUCCUAAAACUAAUUAAAUAUUAGUGAGCAGAGUGUAUAAAUGGAAUGAGACAACAUUUCCCACAUUUAUAGGCACUAAUAUGGUGACUAUUUUCAGUAUUCAAAAUAACGCACAAUUGUUUUGAAUAAUUGUCCACAAUGAGAUGUAACUUCAUGCUGCCAUAAAUGGUUAUUAAUUAUUUCAGCCUAACCUGAUGGGGUAGUGCGUACAGGGCUGAAUUCAUUUUAAAGAUAUAUAAAGGAAGGACCAGCUUGAUCAGACUAAAGACCACGCUGGUCCAGCAUCUCAUUUGCUACGGUAGCCAACCAGGUGUCUAUAGGAAGCCCCCAAAUGCAUUCACUCCUCUCCCAUUGUGGCUCCACAGGAACUAGUAUUCAGAGGCAUGCUGAACCCCAAAGAGAGUCUUAUCAUACACAAAUUUGUCUAAUCCUGUUUUAAAGGCAUCUUAAAUAGGUGGCCAUCAUGAUAGCAAAUUCCAUAGCUCAAUUGUGUGUUUCACACAAAGGCAUCUGCAACAAAACAGUUAUUUAAACAAAAGGAUUCUAUGAGGAAGCACAUUUUGUCUGUCCUAAAUCUCCCAGCGUUCACCUCUGUUGGAUGGCCUCCUCGUUCUUGUAUUAUGAAAGAGACAGAAAGACUUCUCUUUGUCUUACUUUCUCCAUAGUAUUUAUUUUUUAGCAAACUAUUAGACUUCUUCGAUUCAGAAAUCCCGUCCCCCUGCUCCAGUGAAUAUUUAAGAUUUUUUGCUUUUGGAGGGUAUCUGUCGGGAAAGAGCAUUUUCCUCCACCACACGAGAUGGAAAUUUGCUAAAAUGCCAAGGGGAUCCGAAUGUGUGGAUCAGGCUGUAUUUUGAGUAUGUCAACUAAUUAUAUGUCUGAGGUGGGUGCUGUUUUCACCCAUGUGUAACAUCUACAGACCACACUGGUUGGAAAUUUCCCAUAGAAACGAUACGCUUUUGUAAACCACUUUGAGGUUCUUCAUAAGCAAGCAGUAUGUAAGUCAAACUAAAUAAAUAAAUUUAUACACCUCACUUGCCUUUUCCCCCCCUGCCCCCCAUACUUUGAAUUCCCAAAUAUUGUAACCUUUCCUCAUAAGGGAGCUGCUUUAUUCACCUGAUCAUUUUGCUUGCCCCUUUCUGAACCUUUCCCAGAUCUGCAAUAUCCUUUUGGAAGUGCACCAGCCAGAACUGUAUGCCAGAUUCCAAGUAAUGUACUGGGUGGGGCCAGUGGCGUAGCGUGGGGGGUGCAGGGGGGGCCGGCCGCACCGGGUGCAACAUCUGGGGGGGGCGCGCUCGCACUCGCAGCUCUCUGCCCCUACCUGGCUCACUCACUCUCUCUCACUGCAGUGCUGGCUGUGCGAAUCCGAUCCGAGCCGCUGGGUCACUGCCCACUGUGGAGGGGCUGGGUGCCAGGCGUGCGGUGCGGAGAGAGCGAGGGACUAUCUGGGGGGGGACAGUGCAGCGGCCGCCCAGCGCAGCACUGAGCGCGGGAGAGAACCACACCAGACCAGCCCAGGCAGCAGCAAGAAGAAGCUGGCAGCGGCGGCAGGUUAGGGGUUAGGGGGCGCAAAUUACGUGCCUUGCCCCGGGUUAGGGGGCGCAAAUUACUUGCCUUGCCCCGGGUGCUGACAACCCACGCUACGCCGUGGGGUGGGGCCAUACAUCUGCACAAAGGUGUUAGCGAUUUUGGCAGCUUUUGUUUUCGAUCCUUUCCCUAAUGAUCCCUGACGUGGAAUUUGCCUUUUUCACAAAUUGCUAAGACUUAAUUCAGCCUGUAGUAGUCUAUUCUGCCACGGCAUUCCUCAAAAGACUGAGAAAUUAGCCAACUGUGCUGUAUGUGCUUCUUUCUGUUUCAGGAACAAUUGGACGGUGAGAGUGUAAAGUUAAAAGAAACCGAAGAGGAAAGCAAUUUAAAAGAAAAGAAAUUUGAAUCUAUUAUCGCCAUCAAAGAAGAUGAAAUACGGCUUCUGAAGAAACAGCUGAAAGAAAUAAGUGAGGCACAAAAUUCCAUGCCAGGACCAAGAAACGAGAAAGAGGUAAGAUUAUCAAGGGGAGGGAGGCCCAAAUCUCUGCCUAUAAAUAACACUGUAUGCAUAUGGAAAUUGUUCAUGCAGAUGCUCCUUGUAGAAUGAGGAUUAGGCCAUGUAUUUGGGCUCUUUGGCGCAUGUGUAUUAUGCACAUGCUCUAUUCCCUCCCCCUUUUUGCAUAUAAUUUGGAAGCAGUCGUUUUUCAAAUGCUUUUCUACCUGUUGCGGAGUAUGGUUUUGGAAAGCCAGUGCACAUUCAGCCUUGCCUUUUGUGUUUGUGCUUCAGAGACAAAUACGUUAGCUUCAUUUUGCCAGACAACCUUUCAAAGUUUCUGAAAGCCAUAUAAAAGACGGAUUAUCGUAAUAACUUGAGUUUCAGGCUUUUGAAUAAAACGCCCAUGUAAUACUGUGCUAACCCACAAGGUGGUAGUCAAAUAUAAUAACUUCUCUUCAUGCAUGAUAAAACACACGGUCUCAGCCCUGGCCCAGCUUAUUGAAGGUAUGUAGUAGAGUCUCUGCUGAUAGUUUUCUGGCUAUAUAUAUAUAUAUAUAUAUAUAUAUAUAUAGCUAUGAUCUGAUGUGUAGAAUUUGUGGCUCUCUGUCCCAGUUUUAUCAUUUGUUUGAAGAGGAUUGGAUCAAAUACGAGAAAACAUUGAAGCAAAAAUAUUCCAUAAAAGGGGGGGGGGGUGAAUAAUGACAAAAUCUUCUAAUGAAAAGGAAAUGAAGCUCAGAGAAUUAACUAUUGGAGCUGCAGAUUAACUAUGUCCUCUGUGUAAGCUCUGUAUCAGUGUAUAUAGCCUCUCCCACUCAUCUCAACAUCCACCCAAAUACUUUGGGAAUCUUCUGGUGCCUUCAUGUAAAUGAGGAUGUGGACAUGUUCAAUUUCCAUCUAAGACAUUUUCCAAGCCAUUAUUUAGAACGAUUGCAUUUUACUUUUUUAUAUUAAAAGGGGAGGGGAAGGCUAGUGCCAUUGUUAAGCUGCUACUGUACGCGCCUGUUUAAUGUGUUGAUUCAUUUUGUUAGGCUGUUAUAAAUGCAAGCUUCUUCCUUUGUUUAUACUUACGAUCUUUUUUAAAAGGCAAGGAAUGGAAAACAUGCUUCAUCUAGGCAGGAAUUAUCUCCGGGGGCCUUCGGUACAGCUGCCUGUGAAAGGUACAUCACACUUAUCCCUCCCCCCUUAUUUUUUUAUUUAUUUAAGGAACCUGUUUUCUUUUUAGUAAUCAUCUCAUGUUUACCCUCGUUCUCUGAUUUUUAAAAAGUCAGGAGUGCUCCUGUUCUCCCUUGCCACCACUAAAUAUUGAAAAAAGGUAACUAGAGCCACUUUUGAGCAUCGGCAGGUUUGGUCAAAGGAGCGGUUGCAACCUGUGCCCUCGCUUGCCCCCUUUAGUGUUCAUGAACCUGUUUUCACCUGGGCAUUCUAGCCCUGAAACAAGGAGGGACUCGGGAGCUGAGCUGGAGCUCCCCAUUUCAGAGCUUCUAUCACUCUGGAGGGGGAACGGGCAAAUUCUGCCACUACCUUCCCUACUAGGGCCUCUUGUGCUAUGUACCACAGCAGCCCUGCUCAGGGUUUGCCUGUCUCCAUCCAUGGCAGAGACUGCUUUGUGAAAGGUGCACACAGCCGUUCUUGGAGCACUCUGUGGUGGUGGUGGUGUUGUUGUUAAUCAGAGCAACGGUGCUUGCGAUUUUAGUACACAUCUAUCUGCACCGUUUCCCUAGUAUAAACUGGCUCCCAGUCACUGGUAUUAAGGCCUACUGGAGAAAGAGAAAGAGAGAAAAAGACGAGUGCAGUACCUAUGCCAUGCCUAUAUGUUUGUUUUCCCCAGAGGGGGUCAUAGCAGCCAUUUAGAUCGAGGAGACUGUGCAGGGGGAAAUGGUUAAAUGCAGUCAAAAUGGGAGACGACAACACACACGCCAGCUGCUUUACAGAUUAUUGUUUUUCUAAAAAAACAACAACAACGCUGCAAUAUCAGGUCGCAGAUCUCGUACAUCACGUCUCUUUCCAUUCCCUGAGUCUGGCUUUCAGGUAUAGCGGGUGCCAAAAUUUCCCAGGGUUAGGCUUGAUAAAGACAAAAGAGUGGAACAGAACGUGGUGCUUUAUAUCUGAAAUAAUGUAUUUUUAUUUAUUUUAUUUUUGGAAGGGACGAACUUGAGGCUGUUUUCUGGGGCAUGAAGGAAGAAUUUCAUCACAUACGCGCACUAGCUAAAGCACAGACGGACCAGCUGAGUAAAUUUAAACUACGGAGAGAACCUGUAACUGGUAUCGCUUUACUGCAGCUCUUACUGUGAUUCAGCUGUUUCAGUUGGGGGGGGGGGGGGAAACAUGCUUCGUUUUUGGAAUAUGAUGUAUAUGAUGCAUGCGCUUUCCAACGCUACCCAGGACUUGCCCUGACUUUUGUGUGGCACUCUAUAAUUGAUGAAAUGGUCCUACAUUGCAAUAACCCUGGUGACCAAAAUAUAAAAAGAAAUGUGUGUGUGUUUGAUAGAAAAAGAGAGAGAGCACACACACACACACACACACACACACACACACGUCACUUGUGCAGUGUGAUGUAGCUGUUCAUUUUGCUGCAAGUGCAUGUCUUGAGAAGCUGCCUGUUGCCUUGUUUUUCUUGACCUAUCUGCUUGCAACACAGUGAACGCUCUUUCUUCCCUUUGCCAGUGAAGGCUGCCCCUGUUUUCUCUCUCCCACACACCUAUCUGCCGUACAGAGAUCACCUCCGUUCGAUAACAACAUGAUCAGUGACGCUGCCUUUAGUUAUCUGGCUGGGAGCAAAAAUAUAGAUCAGAAUUUAUACGGCAGGUUUUUGGCCUGUUGUGUGGAAAGGCGAGGAUGCAGAUACCUAUCGGAGUGCAUUUUAAUAUCUGCUUUGUGUAUGCCUCGCUGCAGUUUGCCGCACAACCUUAGAUGCUCAAUUUCUGUUGAAGCAGGAGAGUGGAGCACCUGUCUGUAACGUAAACUGAUUUUGGCAGGGCUUGUGCAGCAAUGCUCUGAGCUUAUUGCGUGCACUUUGAAUUAAUGCAUUUUGUUUUGGAGAUUAAGGCAUGCAGUGCUAGGCGUGUCUGCUUAGAAUGAAUCCCCACUGAGUUCAGUGAGGCUUGCUCCCAGGUAACUGGGUAUUGGAUUGCAGCCUAAUUCUGUUUACUGUCUUUAUUUUAUAAACAUUUUUCAAUCCUUCUCAUAAGAGACCAACACCAGCACUCCCAACAACGACUGGUUAGAUGCUUCUGGGGAGCAUCUUUGAUCUAAACCACUGGUUUUGUUGCUGCUCAAAACCUUGUAUACCACACUUUUGUCAUCUAACAGUAACUGCACCUAAUUUCUAGUACUGGCAUUUACAGCUAACUUCAUUGCGCAGCAUCCAUAGGAGGAGGCCAGCAUGUGCUGAGCUGGUGAUAGCCAUGUACCGCUCAGUUCAGUUCAGGUUUGCCUUUUUGGUGCGCCACAGUUAACCUGCAUUUAAGUUGCUUUUUUUGUAGCUUGCCAAAAGUGGACUGAAGGCAGCCUGUGGCAAAUGGAUGUGAAUGGCUAGGCACUAGGCGUGUGUUGAAAUGGUUGCAUAAGCCACAGUUUGUUAAGAAACACACACACACACCAAUCCAGUCACCUGUCAUUCCUCAGCUAGAGACAAAUUAUCUGUGACGCAACCCAAUUCUUGCCAAAAUGAAAUCGCAAUAAUAGGUAGAGUUAUUCAUAGUGUCUAGAAAAUGCUUUCUGUAUAACAUGGAAUAUAAAUGUCAUCAUUAUAUUCUAUCUUAAGUAGUGAGAGAGACCCAGCCACCCCCCUAAAAAACAAGCCUGGCGAAUGGAUUUUAUUUUGAGAAGUUUUAGCCUAACUUGUUUUUAAACAUCUAAUAUUAUCUAAUAGUUUAUGGAAAUGAAAUAUAGUAUAUCUAAUAUUUAAAUCAUAACAUUUUAGGGAAACUGCUUAGAAGUUUUGUUGGUUAAGCGGUAUAUAAAUCUUGUUAGUGGAGAGCGUUGGGCAUGGCAAGGCACAAGGGCAAUUGCAGGGCCUGAAAUUUUGGCCCCAAACAAGAGUUCUGGCAAAUUUUAUUCUUGUAUAGGGGAGUCAAUGGGUUGGCAUGGAGGAGUCACAGUAUCAGUCUGUGGUGUGUCAAGCUGAUAAAUUGACCAUGCUGGUCUUUGGGGAAAUUAAAUUUGUCAGGCAGUUGAAGUUACGUGCUUUAAACCUGAGACUUAGGUACUGUUUAAUCAUUUCCUUUUCACCUGUCUUUACAGAAAUUCCAUUCUCCACACCUAUCCAGUGCACCGAUGAACAAGCAGAUGACCUCUGUAAUCCUUGGGUUAAAAAGGAUCUAAACAGAGGUGCCCCACACUUCCCAUCCACCACUCCAAGCGGGAUGGGGCAGGACGAGGAAGAAAACUCUGUGGAGUCCCUUUCUCAGUUUAAUGUCAAGUUCCCGCCCAUAGACAACGAUGCUGCUUUCUUGGAGAGCACCCCAGAUGCUCCAGGAAUCCCCUGUCUUGUGAUGACUGAGAACAUGCUUCCAGAUCAGCCGUUUCAUAGGGACCUUGGAGACCAGGACAGCUACAGCGAGGUGAAGCGCAACAUGUUUGAGGGCCAUGGCAUUGACUCAAGCACUUCAGCCGCACAUAACCUGCCAGCCAAAUCAUCAGCCGCCCACACAAACGCACUCGUACAGAGUCCUUUGGACAACCCUCUGUGUUUUCAAGUGCCUUAUGCAUACAACUUUGGAGCCACUGUCUUUCCAGAUGAAGAUAUCCCUGAAAUAAAACUUCCGUCUUUAGAAGAUAACAAGAGCCCUGUUGGAGUCCCUCAGCAGGUAUCUGCUGUUUUCUAUUUCCUUUUGUGUUUACAUAUGAUGGUGAUGAUUCUGUAAAGCUGUAAAACUGAGCAGGUAGCUGAACUUGCUCAACCUAAUGCGUACCCGGUGCAACAUUUAUUAUCCCAUCUGCCCACUGCUCUGAUUCAAAACGUUUGCAUUAGCACAACGGCCUGAUAUCAUUGUGCCACCACUGUAACGUCAUAAUUUGUGAUAUUGUGUUUAGACCAGCAGCCGGUAUUCCCUAUUCUAAGCCUUCCAUCUGCUGAUGCAGCAUGCUUUGAAACUAGGCUGCAAGUUAAUCUUUUUGGGCCUUCUAGCUAGGGAUAUUUGAAUAACUGAAGAGUAUAUUUAAGCUCGUUUCUUGUAUGUAGACCCCAGGCCAAAUGCCCACACAGGCAGUCUGUUGUACACACCUCUCUUCCAGUCAGUGCAGGUUUUCUUCCAGGCAUUUCUGUGUGUACAUUGUAGGUGCGUGUGCAUAGUCAUCUCUGGAAUUGUAGAAAACAGGGAAGCUCUUUUUGUUUGUUUUUUAUUACAUUUUUAUUCUGCCUUUUCUCUAUUUGUGCCUAUAUGUCUUUCUCCCACCCCUUUUAUCAUCUCAUAGCUCAGUGCAUGCAGGAGUUUGCAGAUUUAGUCCCUGGCACCUCCCAUUAAAAGAAAGUGAUGGGAAAGACACAUCUCUGCCUGGCAAACUGCUGCUGCCAGUCUGAGUGGACAGUACAGGGCUAUUUGGACAAAUAGUCUGAUCUAGUAGGAGCCUGAUUCCUAUGUUCCUAAUCCAUUGUGGUAGCUUAGGCUGAGAAAGUGACCGAGAGUCAAGGCUGAAUGGGGGCUUGAACUCAAUGUCUUCUCAGGCCAUAACCUGUCGCUCUAACCAUUGCACACUGCUUCUUCUCAUCCAUGCUUUGGGAGUCUGCUCUGGAUUAUGUGCACAGAGGAUUUUUUUUUUCAAAAGCCCCUGCACAUAUCGCACAACCGCUUUUUUAAUAUGGAGCGAGAAGCUGAUGAAAGACACGUGCAUGCACUUUUCCGUGUUCCAGGGUCAGUUCUAAGUUGAUAACUGUUCCUGCUUCAUAUGUACAAAACCAAUGUUCAUUUAUUUUAGCUUCCUGCUGAAUUUUUGUGUGCAUGUAAUCCUUCCACAUUAGGCAGUUUUGUGAGCAGGCAACAUGUAUGGCUUCAGUUCGGAAGUGACUCCAGUUUGGCUUCCUCAAACCUCACCCAAAAAAGUUAUUUGGCUACUUGCCAUUCUCCCAUCCUUUUGUCUGCUCCUUUCUUUCCACCCCUCACUGCAGGCUGCUUCUCCCCCUACCCCCAGUUUUCUUAUUUUCUUUCUCUCCUCUCUCAUGGCGCUGCCUCUCCAAUGUUUAAGAAAAAGGGAGGUGGCCUCUCAAGAUCUGUUGCUAGUGGCAGAUUGGACCUCCUUUGGUUUAUUUUAGGCUGAAAUCCUAUACACACUUAUAGGGAGUUAACCUCUUGGAACUUGGCAGGUUUAAACCCAUGUGCUACAUCUGGUUUAAACCCAUGUGAACUUAUUUGAUGAUGAUCUGCCAUUUUCGGCAGUCACAGAAUGAGAGGAUAUAGUUUGAUCUGAAAUGAUCCAUAUUAAAACUGAUAAGCAUGCCCGUCAUUUUUUGCAAAUACCUCUUAAAAACUCUGCUGUGAUCUGUUUAACAUACUUACCGUGGCGUUACUGUCAUCUAAAUCGACUAACCCUGUUGAAAGCAGAUGAAUUAAAGUGCAAGCGUGCGCAGGUUUUAAGAGGCAUAUUGAUCACACUGCGUAGUGUUAAUGUAGUCAUGAAUUACAGUCACCACUUUUAUGAGUAAUGGAUCCUCGCUACAAAUUAUUGAAGAUUUAAUGAGCUACACCUCUUACUUUUUCCCAAGUUCAUUGUAGCACUCUUAAUUUUAGACACAUAUGCCCAAAUUCCUGAGUGUGCCUUCAAUCUAUUACAUCCUAAAAUAAUAAUGAUGACCUGCAGUUUGGUAAUGCACUAUCUAUUAUAUAUUCAUACUAGUUUCCUUUUUCAUCCUAUAUUAGGGGUCUAGAUUUUGCAUUUGAAUUAUUUGAUGCCUGGAUAGUUUUUGCUUUUGUCUUUACCGCACCAAAUUCUGAGUUGGGCUGAAUCAAAGCAAAUGAAACUAUUUCUUCUGUUACCACUGAGAUUCCUGUGGUUUGUAAAUCAUCUGUUCGUUCUUCUUCCUCUUUUUCUCCAUCAUGUCUCCUGCUUGUUUUUUUAACUAUUCAUUUCUCAGUAGAUGGCACUCUGCAUUGUAUAUUAAAGCAUGUGAAACAGCUGGUAUGUGAUUGCAAGUUGAUAGAGAAGCAUGCAGCUUUAAAAGUGCAUAAGAAUUGGUGUUGAACUGUCAGAAUGUGCAGGGCGUGAGACUAUAAAAAUUCAUAUACUUGAAAAAUAAGGAAAAGCUUACAUUUUAAAAUAUAAGUGGCUUGUGCUGUAAUUUAGUAGUAGCCAGGAAGCCUUGAUAUUUUAUGUGUCUACAUUUGGAGAGACAACUGGUGACAGAAAAUACUUCCGAUAUUUGUUCGUUGUAUACAGGAAGGUCUUUGAUUAAAGUUGUGCAUUUUCUCUAAUCACCUAGGCAAAUAAAAGCCACCGUUCCUUUAAAAUCUUCUAAAUUGACAGCUGCAUAGAUUUGCUAAACAUUUUGUUACCUUUCUUGUUGCUUCCUCAAUGUUUUCGUACCUUUUUAGUUUAAGGGUGAUUCUUUUUUUAACAGAUGCAAAAUCUCAUCACUUUGAAUCCAGUUAACAAUAGGUUGCAUAAAGUUUCCAUCAUUUGAAAAUGUGUGCUUAGCCCCCCCCCCCUUUCUUUUUAGCGGCAGUAGGGAAAAUGUGAAAAAUGGAGUCACAAAAUACUUGCUGAAAAUAAGGGUCCCAAUUCACAAGGCAUGUUAAAAGGGCUCUGUCCCUGUUACUGAGAGAACUGCGAUGAUAGCCUCAUGCUUGCCCAUACGAACUGUAGAGCUGGCCUGGAAACCUUUGCAGGGUCUGAUUUGAAAUGUACUUUGUAAGACAGUGACAGCAAUUCCCGGUGGAGAACAUGGCUUCACUUUCACACAAAGACAGCUUGGGUCAACCCACCAUCCCGUUUGCAUGGUAAAAAAUGGCCAGGUUGAAGACACAUUGAAAGCACAUAAGUCCUUGUUCUAUACUAUUCACCAUUGCUGACAUCCUGAUAGUGCCAUCUUACUUGCCUGAUAUUCUCUCCCACCCCUCCUGUAGACAAGAGCUUUCUGUCAUGCAUUUAGUGCAUGUGUUAACAAAUAACAACGAGGAGAGGAAACUUAAAUGCAGUGUAAUUGGCAACCGUAAGUCAUUAGAGCUGUGGCUCUCAGCUGAUGUAAUAAAUUUAGCUCUUCCUUGCAGACACUAAAUAUAAAAACUUGAGCCUGCUUCCUUAGUAUAUAGCAGUUUCUUAAACACCUGGAUUGAAAACUGUAAUACUGAAAACAGGAGUAGAGACUGAAUUGAAGGAUUAGGAUUUUGAUUCAUCCCUUCAUUCUGUGUCGUCUGGGGAGCUAGUCUAGCAAGCAGGGCUCCUGAUUUUGAGACAAACAAACAUUAAGAGCAUUUUCAUCCAUGUAAAUGUGUGCAUGUAGCUCCAGUUCAACACAACACUUCAACAUUUGCAUGAGUGUUAUUUGGCAGGGGGAAGGUUGCAUAGUUUAAUUUAUUUUGAGCUAUAAUUCAUCUUUAGGACUGCAAGCGCUCACAAACUGAAAGCCAUGUUUUUAAGUGCAUGCUUUCUUCAGUAUCUUAAAAAUAAGCACCAGCAUUGAUUAAUCCAAUCAGUUCUCAUGUUACCACAACUUCAGUCAGUUAAAAGGCAGAUAAUUAAUUGGUUCACACUUCUAACAAUAACAUUCUUGCAAAUAUUCGUAGCCAUACUUUUAUUGGGUGGGGUUACCAGCAGAGAUCCAAAAUAAAAAUUACAGUAGCAGCUGAAUGUCAUCUACAAUAAAAUAAUAAAAAAUCCUGAAUAAAUGUGUGUUAGGCAAGAACCCUGAAGUAGAGCCUGCCUGAAUCAAGCUCAAAACUCAAUGAGUAAAAUACUUGCAAGCUAAGGCCCUCCAGCUGGUGUGAAUUUGAUCAAAUAUUUCAAAUACAGCAUGCAUAUUGUGGCCAUCUAGUCAUGACUCCUAUUACAGUUAUUAAAACUGCCAGUUUAAAUCAAGGUGGAGUUGCAAAUAAGUAAUUAAAAGCACACUUCCGCAGUGAUAUUUAAAACACGCGUCAGUGCCUAGACAGGUUUCCGAAGCAAUUUACACCAACAGAAAAGUAGACUGUUUGUUAGAACUUGAUGUAAUUACACCUAAUUAGCCUGUGUUCUUCGUGGAUUGAUGACUGACCAGAGUAAAAAGAAAUAAGGCCACAACAGAAAUCUGCUAAGGCAUUGUGGCCAGUAUUAAAUAUUGUUUAGACAAAAAAAUUACUCAGGGAAAUUGUGAGUGUUCCCCCCCCCCUUUUUUUUUUAAAUAAACCACUUUGCUUCAGAAUUUUAGAGAUACUGGUACAUAUGAAUGACAUAGAGGCUUGCUAUGCUCACACUCACAUGUACAUAGGCACACUUUCACACAUUAGAUACAUAAAUUAUAUACAUUUUAUUUUUAAAAGCCUUCUGAGCCCGAGUUGCUUGUUCCAGCUCCAAAUCCAAGUUGCUUGUAUGCCCUCAUAAGUUACAUGAUCAAAGUGAUUGGUAAGAUAUAUUUUCUUGGUGUUUAUUUUUAAAAUGGGGGUACCACUUCAGUCGUAAUUCUCAUGUAAUUUGAAUAUCAGUGCCCUGAUAUAAACAUGCAUUGAAAUAGGAAAGUAUAGUAUAUACAUUUAUCAAUCCAGAAUUAUCAAGAAUAUAUGUUUUAGCUGAUGAAAAUAUUGGCAAGAUUUCAUUCUAGGAGUAUUCAUUUGAGGCCGCAUAUUUAGAUCUACCUAGCAGCAACAUCCCUAGCUGGUGAAAUAUUUGCGUUCAUAACUCUUCUUUUUCUACCCUCUGCUUCUUACAGCCGCUCUGGGAGCCAUAUCACACUCAAGACAAUGAUGUAUUGGCACUUCCUUCUGCAGACUCAGAACUUGAUCAGACUGGAAUAUGUGAAUUCUGUCAGAAAGUUUUUCCGCCAUCUAGUACAUCAGAGGACUUUCUGAGGCAUCUGAAUUCACACUUCAACUUGAAGUCCUAGUGUCACCGGAGUACAGAUUUUUGUUGUUGUUGCUACUGUUGUUGUUGUUGAAACCAGGUGUUGCUGUACUUUGAUUCCAGCCCAACUGCUCAUCAUAAUUCCAGAGCUUUGCGCAACAUCUAUACCAGAACCAACCCGGAGCUAUGUUAAUACGAUUUAAGCCAAUUUCAAAUGCGUAAAAGGAAAAUAACUGCAAUGCCACCAACAAAGGCAUAUCUUCCUGAGAACAGGGGUUGGGAAGAACUGAAGAUUGUGACUAUCUGGUCGAGGGGGGGAAGAAGGACUUGACUUGGUAACUAUAACACCAUUGUGCCUUUGCUUUCACUUUUAUUCACUGGGAUCUUUUUGAUCAUCAAAACAAAUAUUUACUUUUGCCAUUGUGAAUGAUACAGUACUGAACUCCAGCUAGAAACAGAUGUGAUGCAGUGUUUUCAGAGCAAUUCAGCUCUCCCACCCUGUGCACCAGGUUUGUAAGGGGGAGGGGGGCUUUGGGAAGACGAAUUAGUCAGAGUGGAGCUUCACUUUCCACCUGGUUUAGAAUUGCACCCUUAAUUGUGUUCUUACUCUGUGCUGAUCCUAUCACGUAGAAAUGCAUUUGCCAUAUGGGCUGGCUCAUUUGCAGUUAGUGUUAGUGGCCCAUCCUUCUUGGCUACAGGUCCUAAGUGUGCCAGUGCUACACAUAAAUGGAUCAGUGCCUUUAGUAAAGACAUUAACCGUGACUAGUGGCCAUCAAGCAAUUUCCUAGGAGGCUGUUUGGAACAGAAUAAAAAGUUAACUAGAGCAGGGCUUUGCUUCUUUCGCUUUGUCCUUUUUCAGGAUUGGUGAGUGGUCUCACAUAGGUGAUCUCACUUAAAUUAUAUCACUGCUAUAGUAACAAACCGGCCUCUGGGAAUGAGGAUUCCUGUUCCUGAAACAUACAUUCAAUUUAAGGCUAGCAUAGAAUAUUCAAACUGACCUAUGGUGUCGUGUUUACCGCAUAAAUAUUGGACUCGCACAAUGAGUGUUUGUGUGUCUUCUCUCCCAAUCUCAAAAAAACAAAAAGUCCCUGUUGCAAAGGGAAGAAGAUGGUGCCUAAACUGAAAUGAAUUCACUCUGUGAUUUGUAAACUGCAUAAGCCAGGUCACUGACUUUGCAAUGAUGUGUAAGCAAGCUCUUUAAUUUUGGGUGUGGAGAAGGCAGUUUCACACAGGGAAACUGUUUCUGUGUGGAUUUCCCCGUUCCCCUAUCCGAUAUAGUUGAUAAGCAUCAGUAGAGGAUAAAAGCAUUUGCUUGCAAUAAAUGUUAAUUUUGUGGAGAAAAGUGGUAGCGCGAUAGUAGAGCAUAUUAUUGGCAUGCAGAAGACCCCACUGUCAAUCCCUGGCAUUUCCUGAUAGGGCUGAAAAACGUGGCAAAUAACUACUAGUCAGUAUAAACAGUACUGAGUGUGGUAUGGCUUGAUAUAACGCAGCUUCCUGUGUUCCUAUACUUACCUUCCCAGGCAUCUUGAGGGAAGAUAGGGAUCCUAGGUCCUUCCUUCACAAUUUCCCAGGCAGCUCUUUUGCACUUUCCUCACCAUUACCUUUCCUCCUUCCUCAUCCCCCUCUCCCAGCUUUAGGAAGCUGGAAGCAUGCCUUAAUUCCUGCCAAUUGAGCAGGCAGAAAUGGCUGCCAGUCUUGGUGUUGGUGGGCAGUGGGGAGGACCUGAGGCCUCGAGAGUUGUCAGUAGAUGAAGGGCCCAGGAGUUGCAGGGAGGAGCCGUAAGCCAGCAAUAGAGCAGAGAACAUCUUCUGCCAGACAGAAGAGGCAAUAUUGGACUAGGUUUGUCAAUGAUCUGGCAAUAGUUAAUGUCAGAACAAUAGAUGGCCCUGGAGGAAGACAAUCUGUUUGCGUCAAAAAACAUGUCUCACCAGCUAAAUGGGGCUGAGAUGAACAUUGUAAAAGGCUUUAAUAAUAUAUAAUGAGUACACAAACAUUUAGCUUUAUUGGGGUAUUGCAUGGGGAGGUUUGUGGUGAGUUUUUUUGAAAAACAAAACAUUCCCAUUUUAGAGGUGAAAUAAGUUGUUAAUUCUGAGCGUUUUAUAGCCAUCAGGCUUUACCUGAGACACUUCAAGCCCCCCCCCCCCACCACCACCAGUAUAAUAUUUUUCAACAAGCUGAUCAUGUUUGCAACGUGAUAAUCUUGGACUGGUUUGUUGUUGUUUUUUGUCCAGAUGUAAUAAUUUUAUAUAGUUAGGAGUUUAAAAACUGUCUGUAUAUGCUGUUAAUAUCUAAACUUCUUCACUUUUCCCAAAUGUCUAGUAUUUACAUAAAAGUCCCAAUUUUGCAAAUCGAAAGGAUGGAGAAAACAUGGAUGUCUUGCAUAAUUUAAACACAUUUGGAUAUAUAGACAUUUUUGUACAACUUUGGUUACGGCCUCUCAUCUGUUUCUGAAAAACUGUUAACUGCCUUUGUGCUAAAAUAAACUGCAUUGUGCAGGGUUUUGGCUCUGGUGUGACCCAGAAUGUGUGUUUGGUCCGAUAAAACUACCAGGCCAAGCCUUUUACAAAUCCAUGUAUGACAUAACACGUUCUGAGACUUUUCUUUAGGCUUGCUUAUGAAUUGUGUUCUUCAGGGUAUACUCUGGAAAGAGAACAAACCGCAUUUCUUGAAAAAGGGCCUUCAUCCUGAAGUUAAAAGUAGUAAGAUGUGAUGGCAGUAUAAUAAAGGGCUAACUGGGAUUUUUUUUUU